AUGCCAAGGAUCGACCCUGAUCUAAGCGAUCCAGAGAGCUGGGACACAUCUGGUGAAGGCGGAGAGGACAGCGAAGAAGAUGACGGGGCAGAAGCAGCAGGUGUGGAAGAUGGCAGCCUGGACAUUGGGGAUGAUGAUGGGAGCGACAGCGAGGCCGACGAAGAGAUGGGCGAUGAAUUUGAGGAGGAAACUGCUGCGGAGGAACGGCGCAGGUCACACAGCGAUGCCUCCGCCAGUGACAGCGAGGGCGAGGGAGACAAGGGAGCCGAGGGCGCAGCGGCAGGGGAUAACAAAGCCGCCUCCUUUGCGCGUGCUUUUGCCAAAAUCAUGGCGACUGGGGGCACCCAGAAGGGCAUUCUCUCGGCGAGUAAGACUUUGAAGAAGCGCAAAGCCGAAGAGGUGGAGGCGGCAAAGGCUGACAGGGAGGCCAAGGUGCUGAAAAGGGAGAUGCGAAAGAAAGGGCAUGCGGUCAUUCCAAAGAAGGGCCAGGAUCCGCAGCACGACAUUAAGGAAAAAGCUCUUGCCCGAAUAGGGACCAGGGGAGUGGUGCGCCUGUUCAACGCUGUGGCAAAAGCCCAGAAGCAGCAGAAGGCGGCGGCGGAGGGAACAAAGAGGAAGGCAGCAUCUGUCAGCAAGGCCAGCUUCUUGGCAGAGCUGCAAGGCCAGGCCACAAAGUCACAGGUAUCAGAGAAGCUGGUUCCAGUGAAGGCCUCACAGUCAGGGCCUGCAGCGAGGGAGCCAGUGGAAGCUGCAAACACAGGGAGUGGAUGGGCAGUGUUGCAGGAUGAGUUGGUGGGAGUGGCAGGCACUGGGACAAAGCUGAAAGACUGGGACAAGGCCAUGGAGAGUGAGGAGGAUGAUGAUGUGGCAGGCAAGCGAGAGGGUGUGUCAAGCAGCGAUGAAGAGCCAGAGUGGUGA